AUGCCCCUGGCGGAGGUUCAGUCAAGUGGAUAUGGCCACCAUGAGCGUAUUAGUAACCCAUACAGCUACCACCAGUCCGUACGAAUAAAGAGUCAUGAUAAGGGGACGUCACAUAUUCAUGCAUAUCCAAUCUACGAUGACUACGGAUAUGGCGGAUAUGGUGGAUAUGGGGGAAGAUAUGGCGGCUACGGCGGCGGCUACGGUGGCGGUCACGGCGGCGGCGGCUAUGGCGGCGGCUAUGGCGGCGGCUAUGGUGGAUAUGGCAACAGAGGAUAUGGCAAUUCCGGCUACGGCAACUCUGGAUAUGGCAACAGUGGAUAUGGCAACUCUGGCUACGGCAACUCUGGAUAUGGCAACAGUGGAUAUGGCAAUGUAAACACGGGUUAUGGAGGCGUUAACAGAGGCAAUUCUGGAUACGGAAAUGUUAACGCGGGUUACGGAGGUACAGCUGGCAACACCGGUUAUGGCAAUUCCAACACAGGAUAUGGCAAUUCCAACACAGGAUAUGGCAAUUCCAACAGUGGUUAUGGCAAUUCCAACAUAGGUUAUGGUAGCACAAACACUGGCAACACAGGUUAUAACAGAGCGGGUGAUGCUGGUUACGGUAACACCGGCAACACUGGUUACAACAAUAUUGGCAACACUGUAUAUAGCAACACCGGCAACACUGGUUACGGUAACAACGGCAACACUGGAUACAAUAACAUUGGCAACACUGGUUACAGCAACAUUGGCAACACUGGUUACAGCAACAACGGCAACACUGGAUACAAUUAA